AGUCUUGAAUGAAGGUAAAAUCCAUUUCAUUCCUCAUAUACUGUAGAAUUGUUUUAUGCAUGGAAAACCAUAAUUACGCUAUAUAAAAUGUAUUUUUGUUCAUAUUCCUGGGUGUCUUGAUAGUUUAGCAUAUAUUGACCUACAUUGCAUUGCUUUUGCUGUCUUUAGUUUAGUGGUUAUUGGUGAUUCCAAAAGUUUUCCAGUGACAUUUAACAUGUGGCAGUGGUUGAGUAAAGUUUUCUAUGGCCGUACCAGGAAGAAGUGAAGGGAAAAUCAAAGCCCUGAGGCUGAAGAUCUACCAGGAGAGUCCUGACAAGGAAGUCAGUGCAAAUUUGUACUUUUUUUUUUUUCUUCUUUUAGUGCUCUGCAGCUACUUCCUCCUAUGAGUAAUAAGCUUCAGAACGACGGCUGCAUUGCUCACAGUGGUGAGGCACAGACACUCUGUCAUCCUGCUGCUUCUAUAUAACCUCCAGAUCCAACAGUACAAAAGGCUGACAGCCAUGGAGACGCUGGUGAAGCAAGCAUAAGGAGGAAAGAUCCCCAAAGACAAGAAAAAAAAGAAACCCACCCGGAUCCAAACAACUCCGUGAUCUGCCAUGGAACAGCGACAGCAACGCAGCAAAGUGGAGCGUUUUCUCAAGCUGGGCUACGCCCACAAGGACAUUGUGAGGGUGCUGGAGAGCCUCCACCAUGACGCCCAGACCAACGACAUUCUAGAAGAACUCAUAAAGACCUGCCACAUUCGUAGCGACAAGAGCGUCCCAAGCAGUGUAAAACUGGUCUCAAGAGGCAGCAGCCCUGGGCCUAUUGGGCCGGUACCGGACAAAGAGCCUGCUUCCUGUUUCAGACCAGUAGUCAUAGACGGAAGCAACGUGGCCAUGAGCCAUGGAGACAAGAAGGUGUUUUCCUGCCAGGGCAUCCAGAUGGCAGUGAACUGGUUCUGGGACAAAGGGCUGCGAAACAUCACUGUGUUCAUUCCCCUGUGGAGGAAGGAGCAGCCGCGGCCCGAGGCCCCCAUUACGGACCAACACAUCCUGCAUGAGCUGGAGAGGAGGAAUAUCCUGGUGUACACGCCGUCACGCUGCGUGAACGGUAAGAGGGUGGUGUGCUACGACGACCGCUUUAUCGUGAGGUUGGCUUUCGACUUGGACGGCAUCAUCGUGUCCAACGACAACUACCGUGACCUUCAGACGGAGAAUCCCCAGUGGAAGAAAUUCAUCGAGGAGAGGCUGCUGAUGUACACCUUCGUCAGUGACAAGUUCAUGCCUCCAGAUGAUCCCUUGGGUCGAAACGGUCCCACCAUUGAUGAUUUUCUGCUGAAGAAGCCAAAGAAUCUCGACAACAAACUGCAACACUGUCCUUACGGAUACAAGUGUACUUAUGGAGUGAAGUGCAAGUUCUACCACCCAGAAAGGACCAACCAAUCACAGCUGUCCGUGGCCGAUGAGCUCCGGGCGCAAAUUGAUAGAGCGAAGACAUCAAGUCUGAAAGCAAGCGUGCAGGACACGCAUCGCUGCCCUGGCGUGUACCAGCCGGAGCACAGGCGCAACCCCUCCGAGGAGACGCCCCACGGCGAGCACUUCAUCUAUCACAGCAGUCCCGUAGGGCAGCCUGGCCCGCGCACCUCCACAAGCCUGGACGUGGACGAAGCCUUCGGCUCCAUGGACAGCGGCAUGUCCAAACUCCACGUCCAGACGGAGCCCCACAGCUACAGCAGCGGGGUGGCCAGCUACAGCCUCAGCCACGAUGGAUACUCCCUCCCGGGGUUGCACUGCGGGGGAGCCUACUACCAUUCCAGUCCGUUCAUGUAUGCAUCCGUGUGCGCCCACUGCACGUGUGCUCACCAGCAGGCCAGGGUGCCCCCGGCUGCCCACCACCCGGCAUGGUCCUCCUGUCCAGCCAUGCCCCCGCAUCACAUGGAGGCCCCCUCUUACUUAAGGCGGACCACCGCCAAGGAGAGCCACAGCCUGCCCAGCGACCCGCACGUGCCCAGUGCCGCCAGAGAGCAACGCAAGGACAUGAGGAGGCAGCUGAGCACGCUCUUCCCCAAGGACACCGUGGACGGCUUCAUGAACGCCUACCCGCACGUGUCAGACAUGUUGGAGCUGAUGUCGCUCAUCAACAACCACAGGAGCAACCACAUUACCUAAGUCAGUUCUCAUUUUGGAAGCAAAAUACUGAAGAUACACCAACACACAGGUGAACCUCUGAGACAGGGGUGUCCAAAGUGCAGCCCGGGGGCCAUUUGUGACCUGAGGCUGUUUUUGUUUUUUUUAUUGGCCCACGACACAUUCUAAAAAUAGAAUUGAACAAGACAACAGGAGCAAAAACGCAAAAAGCAGCAGUAAUUUCACAAGAAUAAUGGCAAAAUAUUAGAAAAUAAAGUUAGAAUAUUACAAGAAAAAACUCAUCUCAAUUUAAUGAGAAUAAAUUCAUAUUAUUAAAAACAUGUCAUUGAAGCAUAAAGUUGAAAUAUAUAAAAAAAAUAUAUAUAUGUAUAUUUUAGAUUUUGGAAAAUUACAUUGGGAAAAAGUUAUAUUAGGAGAAUAAAGCCGUAAUUUUAGGAGGAAAAAAGUUGUCAUUUUAUGAGAAAAAAGUUGUAAUACUACGGAAGAAACAUGUACAUUUUAGAAGCAUGAAGUUGUCAUAUUAAAAGAAAAAGAUGAGUUUAUAACGUCAUGCGGGAAACUAAACAAAACAAAGAAUGAAUUUACAAUGCAAAAUAUCAAAGUGGCACAUCCAUCCUUUGAUUUUUCAAUAUGUGGCCCUCAAUGGAAAACGUUUUGGAUCUGCUCGCUGGAAGACAUUUGAUUUAAGUCAAAGACAAACCCACACAGGGUGGACCUGUAUCGCCGAUACCGAUAAUACAGAUAAAAUGUACAGCAUACAUGUACCACUGUUUUAAAAAAAAGCUUUAUGCUUCACUGAGUGUUUUUCCUCAUCCGUGUCCCGGAUCGCAACAUAAUAUUAAUAGUAAUAAACAGAAGCAAACUGUAAAAAAUAUUGAUCUCAUCGUGCGUGCAUCGAUCCGAUACGGAUCUGCCCGACGCUUUACACAUGGAACAUACACAUGGAACAGUACCGGUACCAGUACCGGUACCACACUCAAGCUUGCGUCAUUUGCGAAGCUCUCGCGUGACGGCAUAUACGAGGAUGGCUGCACUUCUGUGUUUGUAUGAGACUUUCAGUUUAGAACAGGGGUGACAGAAGGGAUGACGGAAGGAAAAAGAACGCAGUUACCGUUGAAAUGUGGCGCAUUAUUGUGCACUGAUAUUGAUAUCAACCGUCUGGAGGUGGCUUCAUUCGCCAUUGUUCAGUACAACUACACUGGAAGCUAAAUAGCUCGUCGACAAGAGUUGCGGUUGCUCAUGUUCAGGAAAACACUGUCCCCUAGCGUUUUGGUAGAGAAUUGCAAGUCAUGAGCGCAGCCCUCGUCUUUAAUCUCAUGAAAAAUCUUUCAGAGGCACAUGCCACAACAAAGCUAAAUCCCAAUUCUUUGGCAAUCUGCCCAACAUUGCUCAUAAAAAAAUAUUUUAUUAGGGUAAUGGCCAAUAAAAAAACGGCUCACUGGAAAUGUCCCCAGGCCCGCACUUUGGAGCCCCCUGCUUUAGAAACUGAAUUUUUUUUUUUUUUUAUUUUUUACACACAAGUUCAUUUGAAAGAGGAGUUGUUAACGUGUCAAAAAUGCUGACUAAUCACUUAUUUGUGCAUUUGGAUGACUGAAAGAGUGCAAGAGUGACAAACACGCCCAUGUAUUUUUUUUAGCUUUAAAAAUCAACUGAUUACGGCGUGAAUGUGUUGCUCUUUCUUUGCUGUUGACGUUUUUUUUUUUUUAAAAAGUGCCAUGCACUGUGCUCCAGACAUGCUACUUCCUGUAGCUUUUCAAAUUAAAGCAGCGAAUGUUGUUUUCUCAUGUUGCCUCAAAGUGAGGAAUGCUAAUGUGUGCAUUAUAUGACUGCUUUUCUAGAAUUAAAUAUAGUCACUUCACUUUUUGUUGUCAACUACAAAUAAACACAACAGUAAAAUGCAUGCUGGGAAAUUAUUUUCGGUGGAAAACGAGACGAUCACUCAUCCAAACAAUUGCGCUUGACAAAAUCCACGACAAAAUGAACUGAUGAAUUUCGUCAACGAAUAUAACCAAGACGGUAAGUUUGACAGAUAUUAAGUCCUUGUGAUAGAACAUCUACACCGGAAGCGUGUCUUCUUCGUUGACACAGGCUAAGCCCAGGUAACAUCACUGAGGUCAUAUGGA